GCCCGCCCGCUGAUUGGCGGCGGCGUGGGGGGGCGGGCGCAGGCCCGGCGGGCAGGAGGGCGCCAUGGCGGCCGUGGCCCAGUGCGUGCGGGGCGCGCUGCGCCCGCGGCUCCCGCUGCACCCGCUGCUCAGCGCCGCCAUCAGAACUUCUCCACGACUCCUUUGUGCAGCAACACAACAGAAAAACACUGGCCAGAACUUGGAGGAGGACCAGAGUCAGAGUCAAAAUGAGCAGAAGGCUGAAACCAGCUCUGCUGAAAAACUGUUAUCUGAAGAAAAGGCUAAACUGGAAGAACAACUAAAGGAAGUCACUGACAAGUACAAGCGUGCCUUGGCAGAUGCGGAAAACGUGAGGCAAAGAAGCCAGAAAUUAGUAGAAGAGGCAAAGUUAUACGGGAUCCAGAGCUUCUGUAAGGACUUACUAGAAGUUGCAGACAUAUUGGAGAAAGCAACAGAAAGUGUUCCAAAGGAAGAAAUUAAGGAUGAUAAUCCUCACUUGAAGAGCUUAUAUGAAGGUCUUGUUAUGACAGAAGUACAGAUUCAGAAAGUGUUUAAAAAACAUGGCCUGCUCAGACUGGAUCCUGUUGGAGCCAAGUUCGAUCCCUAUGAACACGAAGCGUUGUUCCAUACUCCCAUGGAAGGGAAGGAGCCUGGCACUAUUGCAUUAGUAUCCAAGAUUGGCUAUAAGCUGCACGGGCGUACUCUGCGGCCUGCCUUGGUGGGUGUUGUGAAAGACCCUUAGCUGCUCAAUCUGAGAAUUUAAAAUGCCAUACAACUAUUAAACAGCUGGAUGGUUUUUGUCUCACACCAUGCUUUCCUUGUUCCUCUGCUCCCAGAGAGGUUUAAAUGAGUUGGUUGAGGUCUCCCAGUGAAAAUGAAACAACUGAUGGAAUUCUCCUGCUUAGUGGCCUUCAACAUCACUGUUCCAUAAGCUCUUCUUUGGUGUAAAAGAGCCAUUAAGCCCUCUAAUGCUUUAGAUUAGCUUUUUACAACCAUUGCUCCUGAAGGUGCAUUAAAUUGAAAAGAAUGAAACACGAGAAUUUUGCAGUCUCACAUUUAUCACUGUGUGUAGAUUGAAAAUCCAGAUAGUGGUUCAGACAUUUCCUUUGGUUUUGUACAAUCUCUCAUUGCAGAAGUGGGUGAAGUAGUACCAAUAACCUGCUUUCUGCAAGCACCCAUCAGCUACACACUGAUGUGAUAAAUGCCAUGUUUUCCCUAUUCAGAAAUAAUCUCUCUCAACAACUGAAAUUGAAACCUUUGUGAAUUCUGACCUGUAAAUAAAUGACAAUGGAGAUUAGUUACCUUUUGUAAUUGUUCAACCCUUUUGUCCUCUACUAACAUUGACUCAAAAAAACCAUCUAAUACUUGUAUGGCAUUGAAGAACCAAUAGAAUUUAUCCAUCUCUGGAUUUUUAAUUUAAUAUUGUAUAAAUUGGUUUAAACAAUUUUGAUAGUCUUGUAACUUCUAGCUUUGCAAUCAGUUUGUUAUGCAAACUGUAGUUACAACCCUGCUGAGAGCCAGAACACUCAAAGGAGCUGAGAUGGGUAUAUGAUUUCUUUCACACAUAAAUUGCAUGUGAGUGGCUCAAACAAAAAUGUGAACUCAGUUUCAUUUUCGUUAUUUCCUGCAUUUACUCAGCUUGGAUCUUAGGUUGCACCAGAACUUUUCCCAUAUGCAGUUCUUGCCAUGUCCAACUCCACCUGCUGCUCCCAGUCCUGCAGAAUCAGGCUAAAAUACAAUACGUGAUUAACUGAA